AUGGCGGAACGAUCGACACCGACGUUUCAGCUAGACGCGCCACCAGAAAUGGAAUCCGAUGAGCUUUUGAAUGAGCUGAGUCAACAAAUCGUCAAUGAGGUGCUACCAGCAGCUGAGCUUGCCAUUCAACAACAAUUGGAACGACACGAGUUGCAGAGAAAGCUUUCUUCUCAAACUCCUGACAACAACGGGACACCACCAUCAAGUCCGAAUGACCAUUCACUAGUCGAGCCAUUCGUAAAGAAAACGAGUCCAGCCACGGAAAUUCGAGCCACUGAACAAUCAGAAGCGGGAGAGCACACGAUUACGGAUCGAAUCAGCUCCUCGAUCUCGUCGACUUUUGCCGCCAUUUCGGCGAGUACUGAAAAACUCUCGGAAGGCGUCUCAGAGCUAGCACAGGACAUCGCACAAUCGGAGACUGUGAAACACCUUCGUGACGAUUUCGAUCGAGUGAGUGAGCACCUUUCGGAAGCGUUUGACGAUUUGAAAGAAACGCAAAAAGGGAAAAUGGAGAAUUUCCUUGAAUCGACCAAAGAAACCCUGCACAACGCGAACGAUCAGGCCGAGCAUGCAGCCGAGAGCUUCGUGGAAUCGUUGAAACACGGAGCGGAGACAGCCUCGGAAACGGCUCACGACGUUUACAAGAGUGCUCAGAGCAAGGUUUCCGAUGCUGCUGAAGCAGUUUCGACAAAGUUUGAAGAGCUAAGCAGCGAUGUGAACGAUGUCGAGGACAAAUUGGAGAAAGAGGCGACAACACUCGUCGGGGUGGACAAGGACGAAUCGGAGGAGGCAAAAGAGGAGGAAAAGGAAGAAAUCGCGCCGGCAACCGACCUAACCGGACCAGAGCACAAGGAAUCGAGCCCGGUUGAUUUCACCGACGAGAUUGAGGAACCAAUCCAUCAACAAACGCACGUUUCAUUGCUGAGCGAACAAGAAGUACACGAAGUCGCCGAGAAUCUAAAAGAACCAUCACCAGAAGAGGAGGAGAAAUCGAUAGAAGAAUCGAUCAAAGAAACCGCCCAAGCAGCGCUCGAUUACACCGGGGAAAAGGGAGAGCAAAUUCAUGACACCGCCGUUUCGAUACUUGACGAUUCUGAACAAAAAGUUGAAGAGGUGAAAGAGGACAUCAUCGAGGUAGUGACCGAGCCUGAGAAAGAGGCCACUCCUGAAGCUUUGGAGGAGAAACACGAAACAUCGGAGCCAAUCGAAGAAGCGAAACAAAAAGUCGAGGAAAUCGUUGAAGAAGUGAAAGAGAAAUCCGUGGAGAGUCAGCACUCGAUCAGUGAACAGGUAUCCGACGCAUGGGAGAGCACGAAAAAAGCAGCCGAAAAAGCGGAAGAGUACGCAUCGACGUUCACCGAAUCGGUCAAAGAGGCCGCCGAGAGUGCUCAAGACAAAGUGAAAGAGUUCUUCCAACCGGCCAAAGAGGAGGAAGUGGUCAAAGAGGUGACACCAGAAGUUCAGGAGACAAAAGUCGUGGAAGAGGUGAUCACCACUCCAGCGCACAUCGAGCCGUUGGGAGCUGCGAAAGAAGUGGAGGAGGAGAAACCAGCUACGAUUGUCGAUUCGGUGAAAGAAACAGCAUCGAACGCUUGGGAGACGACAAAAGAGGCCACGAAUACAGCCGUUGAGAAAACAAAGGAAAUCGCGUCCUCCACCGCCGAUGCCGUCUCUUCAGCGGCGCAAAUCGUCGUCGACACCACCACCGAAACCACAAAGAAAGCAGCGGCAUCGCCACGUGAGGCGAUCGCCGAGGCACGGGACGCAUUUUUUGCCGGAAAACCAUACGAGUACGCGUGGGGGCAAAAAGAGACAGAAACCGUCUCUUCAGCAGCAAACACUGUCGUUGAGAAGACCGAACACGUUGUGUCCUCGGCAGCUGGCGUCGUGAGAGAUGUGGCCAGGGACACGGCCACAGCCGCUGACAAAGUCGCCACGAAAGUGGAAAAGCAAGUCGCCCCAGCAUCGCCUCCGCAGCCGAGUGCAGAGGCAAACCCAGCUCCAGCUCCAGCUCCAAAGAGAAAAUGCACAAUUCUC